CUACUCCUGUGUCGAGUUGGCAGAAAAGGCAAAGGUACAGAAGAAGUCGACACCAACUAGACACGCAAGCUUCAUGCUGUCUUAGAUCAGCAGCGGGGGUAUCAUUACACAAGUGUGUGAGUAUUUUUGUGAUAUUACACAGACGUGACAUGUCAGGGUAUUUAUUCUAUUUCCCUUCGCAGGAUGGAUCAAGAAUCAAACGAAGAAACAACUGUUUUCAUUAAUAAGGAAAACAUAAAUGGAGGUGAAACAACCGACCCAGACAGAUCAACCCCAAAAAGGGCCAAGUGGGACCGGAAGUUGGACUUCAUCUUGUCCCUAGUUGGGUACUCAGUGGGUGUGUCCAAUCUGUGGAGAUUCCCCUAUUUAUGUUUACGAAAUGGCGGUGGUGCUUUUCUCAUCCCAUUCUUCUUCUUCCUGCUUGUGACGGGAAUUCCGUUGUUUUACAUGGAGGUCUGUUUGGGGCAGUUUUCCGCAACAAGUCCACUAUUCGUUUGGAAGUUGUGUCCUCUUUUCAAAGGUAUAGGAUGGGGAGCAUGCAUUGUGUCAGGAAUAACAUCUAUCUACUAUGUCGCUGUAAUAGCAUGGAAUAUGUUUUACCUGAUAAAUGCCUUUUAUCCAACACUGCCCUGGUCUACUUGUGACAACUGGUGGAACACUGGCUCGUGUAUUGGUCCUGUACAUGGUAAUGCCAUUACCCUGAACACCAGCAUGGCUGUGGCUCUGCUCAAUAGUACACCAUCUUCACUGCUGGAAGUCAUCAAUGAAAGCAGUGCCCUCUCAAGGAACACUUCCAUGAUGAAUGUAUCUGUAGCUGGAGAAGAGGCCAAAACAGCCACCGAAGAAUUCUGGCAGUACUACGUGUUACGCAAGUCUGACGGUGUGGAAGAAAUGGGGAGCCUCCAGCCUCACCUGGUGGGAUGUCUCUUUGUUUCCUGGCUGUUAGUCUUCCUGUGUCUCAUUAAAGGUGUCAAGUCGCUGGGCAAGGUGGUUUAUGUGACGGCGCUCUUUCCGUAUCUCCUCCUGACUAUUCUGCUGAUCAGAGGGGUAUUGCUACCCGGGGCUGUGGAUGGAAUCAAGUUCUAUGUCUACCCUGAAUUCUCCAGACUUGCAACUUUCAGUGUGUGGAUCGAGGCAGCUAUACAGGUGUUUUUCUCCCUUGGUCCAGCAUGGGGAUCGAUAAUGACUAUGUCUAGUUUCAAUGACUUCAACAACAACUGCUUCAGGGACUCCAUCAUAGUUAGUCUUGCUGAUGGUCUGACCAGCUUCUACAGUGGCUUUGUCGUCUUCUCCGUGGUUGGAUUCAUGGCCAAAGAGGCCAACGUUAGCGUCACAGAUAUAGCUACACAAGGCCCUGGUCUAGCAUUAGUAGCCUACCCUGAAGCGAUCGGCAAAUUGCCUCUACCCCAGCUGUGGGCCGUGUUCUUCUUCCUCAUGUUGAUCAUGCUGGGCCUCGACACUCAGUUUGGGAUGGUUGAGAACCUUGUAGUCGGCAUCAUGGACGCCUUCCCACGACGCCUGAGCAAAUACAGGACUUUAGUCACCGCAGGCGUGUCUAUGACCUUCUUCCUGCUUGGCCUUCCGAUCACAAUGAAUGGAGGAAUCUACAUCUUCCAGUUGAUGGACUGGUUCACGACAGCAUUCUGUUUGUUUGUCUGCUCCUUCCUGGAAUGUAUCGUAAUUGGUUGGAUUUAUGGUGUGGACAGGUUUGGCCGAGACAUAGAACUGAUGUUGGGGAGACGUCCUGGGAUCUUAAUGAAGUUCUGCUGGUGCAUCUCUACCCCGCUCAUCAUGUUGACCAUCUUUAUCGUCACGUUGAGUGCCUAUCAGAUGCCAACCUACGAUGGGUACACAUAUCCAGUGAUAGCUCGUGCCAUCGGCUUUGUAUUCGCUAUGCUGCCUAUAAUUCCUUUGCCUUUCUUCAUGGUGCUGGAGCUGAGCAAAGCCAAGGGCACGUUGUGGGAGAGAUUCCUCUUCACAUUGCGACCUGCUUCUGACUGGAAACCAUCAAAGAAGGAGUACCAGCAUGGUUAUAAAACUGAAGGUCAUGAAUUUAUUCUGCCACUGAAGUCUCUAUUACCACGCCGAACACAUGUUCGCCAAAAGUGAGCAUUUCAUUGAUGCGCAUAUCUUUAAUGAGGAAUUCACUAUCAUUACACGUCAGAAACUGUUUUGGAAUAUGCUUGUAAUUUGAUACAUUAAUGGCUUUCAUCUGUUGCCUGCGACAGGUGAAUUAUGUAAAACUAUUAAUUAAAGUCGUUUAGUUAAAUG